CGGUUCCGCGCCCCUGGGCCCGGAGACUGGGCUUAAGCCCGGGGUUUGUGUAGCGGGGACAAUGCCCUUUUGCCCGGCCCUUCCCAGUGGGAGCAGCCCCGGCCCAGAAAGAGGCACCGAGGACUGUUGUGGAAACGAAGGAGCAGCUGAAACAGGGUUACAACGGGCACCCUUACUACGGCAGCCCCUGCCCGCCCGAAUGAUGCUUCCUGGCCAGAAAGAACUUAUUGCGAUGGGAUCGGGCUUCCCACGUCAGUCAGGGCGUACGUACAAUUUGGCUGGCCGGUUCCUGCAUCAAAUCUGUCUCUCAUCAGCACUGCUGGAAAUGCAUGUAGGAAACGUCUCUGUCUCUUCAGUUCGAGGGCAGCAGGUGGUGCUGCCAGUCUGGUAUAAGAGCAGCUCUCAGAAGAAACCCUAUAUCUUAUGGGUCUUCGAAAGACCUGGAGCCAGUCGAUUGCAGAUAUUGACAUAUAUUAAUGGAAUUAUAAAAGUGGAAGAUACAUCCCUGAAGCAUCGGAUUGGUUUUGUGCACCCCGUGCCACACUUUAAUGUUUCCAUUUUUAUCAACAAUACCCAGGAGGUAGAUUCUGGCCAGUACGUGUGCACAGUCAAUGUGGAGGAUGAUAGCGCCAUCGAUGGGAAAAAUAUUGGACUCAUCAACCUUACAGUUUUGGUUCCUCCAUCUGCUCCGACAUGCCAGAUCCAUGGGAGCCCCUACGUCGGGGGCAACAUCACCAUGAGCUGCAAGUCGCCCUACGGCAAACCUAUCCCCAAGUACCGAUGGGAACGCACUGCACCCACAGCCCAGCACUUCAUCGAGCCAUUUCAGGACCCCAUAAGUGGGAACCUCAUGUUGAAAAAUCUUUCAAGAGAGAUGUCUGGAACAUACAUCUGCACAGCAAAAAACAAUGCUGGUAUCUCCAAGUGCAACAUAACCCUGGAGGUGAAUUCAUACAACAAUGCAGCUGUGAUCGCUGGAGCUGUCGUGGGGUGUCUCAUUGGAAUUGGCUUAAUCACCGUGUGCAUUCUGCAAUUUUUCGUGUGCCGAAAGAAAAAGAAAAAUACACAGGAGGAAAUGGCCAAUGAGAUCAAGGAAGAUGCUGUUGCUCCAAAGACACUUUCUUGGGCUAAAGGUUCUGGUUCAGACACUGUCUCCAAAAAUGGUACCUUGUCUUCAGUGAACACAACUCGGGACCACAAAUUGUACAUGUCCAAGCCUGUCUCAGACACAGCCUCCAUCAUCACUGCUGCUGGCAGCACUGUGGGCUACAAGCCCCAGUACACCACCCUAAGGAGUGGAACUCUAACACCCACUCCCAGCUUAUCCAGCCAGUCCCUGCCUCUCUAUUUCCCCCCUGUGAUGAAUGGCAACCAUUACCAGAACACUGUGCCAAGCAACAGAAAUGCUCUCCACAGGACAAAUGGACCUCAGCUACAGCCCCCCCAGCAAGAACCUGCUGUGCCUCAAGGGCUCACCACCUCCACCCUUGCCAGAAUGGGUGCAGUGCCAGUCAUGGUACCGGCCCAGAGUCAUGCAGGGUCACUAGUGUAAGCAUCCAACAGCUUGUGCACCCUCUACAGAGAAAAGGGUCUGCAAGUGGCCAUUUAUCCUUACCAAAGUGAACAGUUGGGAAACAGAAGGGCAAAGCCACUUGCUUCCUGCUCCAUGCUCAUGCAUAUAUGAGAUGUGUGAGGGGAGCAGUUUACAUGGCAUUUGUGUACAGAAAUUCCCAAGGAACAGGCUGCUUUAGAUACCCUCUGGACACAGCAAAUUCCCCUGCAGCCUCACACACAGCACUCCUCCCCACAAAAACUCCUCCCCACCCCCUGCUCCCUCCCUAUGCUGUUGCCUUAGCACUAGGGCCCACCUGCUUCCCUCCUCUGGUGGGAGAGUUUAUUUAUUGAAGAAAUAUGGCUGGUGUGUGUGUGGUUAUUUCCCCUGCUUUGGGCAGCAGCUCUUUUGGCUUUUUGGCAAAGGCUGUGGCCAAAGGGCUUGAAAAAUGCUCUUGAUAGUGCUGAGUUGGGGACACGGGGGAGAAAUUGGGAGCUGCUUGGCCAAUAGCCACCAUGGUAUCCAAGCUUCAGUUUCAGCCUUUGUGAACUCCAAGAUAUGACCCCUCCUUCCCAUGGUGCCAUUUUGUCUGUUAUAGGAGCAUUUUCCCACUGCUAGCAAAUUGUGCUCACUCCCGGUGCAGAGAGCAGGCUUGUCGUGAGUGGAGUUGGGCCCAAGUGGAGCUUCUGGCUAGGAGGGAACCUGUCCAAGCCUGGCUCUGAGCAGCCAUACAGUGCUGGGAGUCUGUUUGCUAGGGGAGAAGCAUUAUAGUACAGAUUCCCCUAUAGUACAGUCUUCAUCCCCAUCACUAACCAGAUUAAGGCACUGGGCCUAACUGCAUCAUGGCUGCUAGCUAGAGCUGUUAUGAAAGGGUAUCACUGUGAUAGUGUCUGGUGAUGGUAGCUGCCAUGAAUCCCACCCUCUGCCUGGUAAAGCUGGAGAACACCCCUUCUCUUCACCCAUGUACCCCCAAUUGCUUGUGUACUCUAGCAGCUUUAGUUCUCUGGCUAGCAGGGUUCACACUUUCCUCUCUCAUCUCUCACUAUCUGAAUCCCCCAGUCUGUGUCCUGCCUGCAUCAGGUAUUGGGGCAGGGCAGCAGCUCACCUGGGACUUGUACACUCCUUCCUCAACACUGUGGAGAGCUGCACUUUGCAAAGAGCCUAAGCACCCAACAACCAAAGUUGUACCCUGCCUGAGGGGAACAAGGCCUCUGUGUCUUCCCACCAGGAGAGGGUCAUGAGCUUGUGCUACUAACCCAAGCAAAGUGUUCUAGAGUAACCUCGUAGUCUAACCAUUGUUCUUUUAAGGACACCUUCAGCAUUUUGAUUCAUAUUAUGCUAAUGAUUAUAUUUGUUUAUUUAAUGGACUCCUUAAACCUUGUGUAUUUUGCUUUUUUGGGUAGGAAAUAAUUUUAUCCCCAUAGCUACUAACUGCUCUUCCCACCCAGAUCGUCUCCCUCUGGUUGUUGUUGUGCUGGCUAUUUUUAAAUGUCAGCCAGAUCCUUCUGCUGGGUGGGAUGGGGAAGGCGCUGAGAGAUUAUUUUUAUGUACAAUUUUAAAAUGUAAUAUUUUUCAUAAAUGGUCAUUAAAAUAUUUGGUUUUUAUAUUUAAAUGGGAGCUGAGUUAGCUGCACUCCAGAACAGGCACAGCUCAAGACCUUUACCACUGCCACCCACCAGUGCCUGGCAGGCAGACAAAACUAUGCAAACCUCGUGACAGGAGUUGCCAUGGGUAGCAUGGCCCGUGUUAUCAGCAUGCCUCUCCCAGCCCUGUGCAAGACAAAUAUGAAUAAACUACAUCAUAGCCUUGUGGUUCUGUGCCCAACCAGAGCAUUUGUAGGGGAAGGGUUAGCAGGAGUAGCAGCAGGAGUGAAGGCCUAGGUUCUCAAUGGGACCUAAGUGGGAGGUGCCUCACCCUCCUGGCCCCCAUCCCCCUUUCCCCUCCCACCAUGCAACUUUCCUGCACUGGUUCUGGCAGUAGGGAAAAAAGAGAAGCAGCCCACGGUGCAGGAGCAGCUGGAGGUUUGUUGCCACCCAGGGCAGAUGUCACUUGCUGGUAUUUCUGGCCUCUUGACAUGCAUAUUGAUGGCAAAAAAGGAGAUGACAUCUCCCCAGUCAGCACUGAGCCCCUGGCCUCUGCAGCGUAUGCUACCGCCACCCUGGGUACAGUACUACCCAGUUAUACCUAUGACUAAAGCCAUCCUCACCUUGACUAGCCACCCACAUCUCCAUCCCUGAAGAAAGCCUCAUCCACCAAGUUAUAGGCCACUGCUGGGGUAGGAGAAAGGGCAUUGCUCAUCACUCCCUUUGAUGCUGUUCCAGGGGCUGAGCCACAUGACUAGCAUAGGACAGGUCACCUGAUUUCACAAGGCAUUGCCCUUCCCCUACCAUGUAUUCAGAGAAA